AAAUUCAAGCUCCAUUUCCAUUCUCCAGUCCAGACGAUUCCUUAUGUAUUAUUGUUGAUGAGCAGCCGCAGCCGCAGCCACAGCCAAAGCAAAAGCCUUCUUCCCAACUGCAAUCAUACUACUGAAAAUAUUUGAGAUUCCGUAAACUUAUCAAAAUUGUAAAGCUAUAUCAUCAUAUUUAUCAUUUUUCAAUGGCUGUUUCAUUCUCAAACCAUUCUCUAUUAGCUCCUCCUCGCCUCUCUCCUUCAUUCUCAGCAAAACCUCCAAAAACCCUAGAAACCAAAUCUAUACUUCUACCUCUCCAAUUCCAUCAUAGUAAACUUCAUCUUUCCAAUUCUACCAUUUCUAAUUCCUCUCCGGUCACUAAUAACCACAUCGAAAGGCGUUCUUUCAAGGCUUAUCUCGCCACUGACGACUCUUCACCUGACACAAAUAAUGAAGAGGGGAGUGAUCAGAAUGAUAAGAAAGCAUUGCAGAAACAAACAGAUGCCAAACACCUACCCAGUUUGACGAAGCUUAUAAAUAUUUAUAAAGAGGCUAUUCUUCUUGGAGAUGAGAGGACUGUAACAGAUAUUGAGGCAAGGAUAAAGAUCAUAGAAAAUACUAAUUAUGAAUUAGUACAGAAAGUUUCAGAUUUAUCCACAGAAAUAACUUCUGGCAAGGAGAAAUAUAUUCGCCUGCAAGCAGACUUUGAUAAUUUUAGAAAAAGAUCAGAGAAGGAAAGGCAUACUAUCAGGAGUGACGCCCAGGGAGAAGUGAUUGAGAGCCUUUUACCGAUGGUGGACAGCUUCGAAAGGGCCAAACAACAAAUAAAACCAGAAACAGAAAUGGAAAAGAAGAUUGAUACAAGCUACCAGGGUAUAUACAAGCAGUUUGUGGAGAUCAUGAGGAGCUUGCAGGUGGCUGUAGUAGCGACAGUUGGAAAGCCAUUUGACCCCUCGUUGCAUGAGGCCAUUGCACGUGAAGAGUCACAAGAGUACAAGGAAGGCAUUAUAAUUCAAGAAUUCCGCCGUGGAUUUCUUCUUGGUGGUCGGCUUCUAAGACCAGCGAUGGUCAAAGUUUCUGCUGGACCUGGUAGGAAGAAGGCCCCUGUUGGUGCUGAACAACCCGCAACAGCAGCUGGAGUAGACGACAGAUAGUAUUGUUGCAAAAUUGACAGUUUUUACAAUAGUGUUGCCAGCUUGUGAAGCUAUUGGUAUUGAACAGUUCAUUUCUUUAACAUUUGGGAGAGAGAAAUUGUUAUCCCAUGGGCUGUAGAAUCCAGUUUUCCUGUCUUACAAACAGACAUUUUGUUUUACGGAAAAGGCAGUCCUUGAUACAAUAACAUUAUACAAUGUUAACCAA